CGCUCCCGUCGUCACAACGCGUUUGGCCGUGUGCAGGACGAGGAGGACGCAGCCGGGGAGCGCUCGAUAUCGUAUUAUUGUAUCGUAUUUUAUAUACACGUACCAAGUCGUCGACGAUUUUUCACACGCGCGCGCGCGCCGCAAAGCGUUUAUAUAGACCCUUUGCGCGGCCGGUCGCACCCUCAGUCGUCCCUUGUACGCGGCUAGGCGUGUAGCAGCCAUCACACAGGUAUACACCUCGCCGAUUGUCGAUAUUUGAGAGAGUAAGCGAGUGACGGUCACACGGCGUGUCAUAAUAUUAUCUGUCUUAUUGUCGGGAUUCCGGUGUAGAAGACCGAUAGUAUUGUACAUCGUCACGCAGUACAUCAACUGUGUGCGGAGUAGAUUAUGAGCGAAAAAAAAAUGGUCAGAGACGCAGAGAAACAGGCGCCCACGCCUCAAAACCAGAGCCUUAACGGAAGACUGUUGUUCGCCAUCAUAGCAUCGGCUUUCGGUUCAGCAUUCCAACAUGGGUACAACACUGGUGUGGUGAACGCUCCCCAAACGUUGAUCGAAACAUGGAUUGGCAGCGUGAUUUCGGACAGAAACGGUGGUAAGGCAGCAGAUCAAUCGCAAGUGACAUUGAUAUGGGCCGUUGCAGUGGCCAUAUUCUGUUUCGGUGGUAUGAUUGGCGGUCUGAGUACCGGAAUCGUGGCCGAUAAGUUUGGUCGCAAGGGUGGUUUACUUGUAUCCAAUGCACUUGUCGUCGUGUCAGCUGCACUUCAAGGUGUUUCAAAGAUGUAUUCGUCGUACGAACUUAUCAUCAUCGGACGGUUUAUUAUCGGUAUUAACUCCGGACUUAACGCAGGAUUGACUCCUAUGUACUUGGCUGAAAUCUCUCCCAUGAAUUUACGUGGAUCCGUCGGAACCGUUUAUCAAUUAGUUGUUACUAUUUCGAUAUUGAUUUCCCAAAUAUUGGGUUUGGACUACAUUUUGGGCACAGCCGAGCGUUGGCCAAUAUUAUUGGCCUUAAUUAUCAUUCCGGGUAUAUUCAUGUUCAUCACGUUGCCAUUCUGCCCGGAAUCACCAAAGUACACACUGAUCAAUAAGAAAAAAGAUAUCGAAGCCGAGAGAGGACUUCAGUGGCUUAGAGGAACAAUCGAAGUGCACGAUGAGAUGGAUGAAAUGAGAGCCGAAAACGAAGCAAUGAAGGUUAUCCCACGCGUAACUCUUCGCGAGAUGUUGUCGAACCCAAUGUUGAAAACUCCACUCGGUAUAUCUGUGAUGAUCAUGUUGUGCCAACAAUUGUCCGGUAUUAACGCCGUCAUGUUCUUCUCCACGAAAAUUUUCAAUAUGGCUGGUAUGAGUGAUGACGGAGCCAAGUACGCCACGCUCGGCAUGGGCACACUCAACGUGAUAAUGACGCUGAUCUCUCUGUUCUUGGUCGAACUAACCGGCCGUAAAACUCUGUUAAUGAUUGGAUUCUCGUCCAUGUUCGUCAUCACCGUUAUGCUUACCAUCUCUUUGAUGUUUGUUGUCGGUAAUACUAUUGUGUCUUAUUUGGCUAUCGUACUCGUCAUGGCAUUUGUCAUCGCGUUCGCUGUUGGUCCAGGAUCCAUACCGUGGUUCUUAGUGGCUGAACUUUUCAACUCGGCUGCUCGACCACUAGCCACCAGCAUAGCUGUCGGAGUCAACUGGACGGCUAACUUUGUCGUUGGCCUGGGUUUCCUACCUCUGCAGGGAUUGUUGGGCUCAAACGUGUUCCUCAUAUUCGUCGUGUUGCUCGCGCUAUUCGUGUUAUACGUAUACAAAAAAGUUCCAGAAACCAAGAACAAAACGUUGGAAGAGAUUCAAAUGUUGUUCAGACAGGAAUCGUACAAAUAAUCAGGCGUGUCCUGUGUUACAAAAUAGUAAUAAUAAUAAUACUAUGACACCACCGAGAAAAAGAUUCCUCAGUCGGAAGCUAUAUAUAAUACAAAUACAUAUAUUAUAUAUAUAUCAAUAUCUAUAUAUAUAUAUAUUAUAUAUAUUAUACGCGAGUACCUUUUUCAUAACAAUAUAAAAUAUAUUUAUUUGGUAAAAUAAAAAAAUUUAAAUCAUUAUAUACAGUUGUAAUUUAGAUAAAAUAAAUCCCCUCCCUGCCCGAUAUUAUUAUGUUAAUAAUUGUACAUGUUGCGUGUUGCACCGAAAACACCCGCAUGAAAUGAUACUAUUUUAUACCGCGUCUGUUAAUUUUGCUCCGGCCACAAUAAGAUAGUGUUCAUCAACCGAAUUCGAACCUCAAAAAAUCUUCCAUUUCAGUAACUAUCGUUGUUUUUACAUAAAAUAAGAUGUUAUUUUAUUCUUGAAGAGAUAAUAAACAUUAUUAAUAUGCAUAUUAUUAUAGAUUUUUUUUUUUUUGUUCUCAGUUAAAAUCAUAAACAUUUUUGUCAAUAGUUUUAAUACUCGUAAUAUUGUAUUUUAUCACGGGUUAUGAUAAUAUUUUAAUUUAUUUUAUAAUAUAUUUUUUGUGUAUUUUUUAUGAAUUAAUAAAAAUGUAAUUAAUUUUA